AUGUUUGUUCUUGUGUUAAAUACUAAAAAAGGAGAAUUAGCUAAACUUAAACGUCAGGUUGAAUCAUACGAAAAUGAACAUACUAAUGGAAUUAGUGGUAAUGAACAUUCUGAUGAUGAAGGUAAUCCUGUUGGAUAUAAUAGUGGUACUGAUGAUGAACGUUCAAAUGAAGCAUUUGCUAAUUUACGUGCUCGAAGUCGAUCACCUAUACAUACAACAGCAACAUUAAAUGAUGAUGAACAUAUGAAUACAGGUGAAAAUAAACGAGCAAGAAGUACAAUGAGUGAUACAGAUACAAGUGGAGAUGAAGAUCAAUUUAUGGAAGAUGAAGUACAUGAGAUACAAAUUCCAAUUCGUCAAGCAAGUCAAUCGGAAAUAAAUAUUGGUCCUAGCCAAGAUAGUCUACUUGAUUUAGGUGAUGAUCGACUAGAUUAUAAACUAUCGACUAUUAGUAAACAUCAUCAACGACGAAAAUAUGUUACUGGUGCUAAUUCGAUUUCAACUCGUCCAUAUCUUAGCCAUGCUGGUGCUGGUAUUCCGCCAACAUUGACAACACCUUCAUUACCUGAAGAAUCGCAAACAACCGAUGAUUUAUUAGAGAAAAUCUAA